CACAGCCGUACAACCUUUAACUUGCUGUUACCUGAAUUCCAGCUUCAGCCUUUCCAUUCCGUUGCUUUUGCCUUGUACAAGUACUGUAGUUGCGACGACACUCUUCUUCUCGCCAAACAGUAUAUCUGCAGACCCUGGAAUAAGGCAUCCGAGUACUACUGCGUGGGGUUUGCGAACGGACGAACGAACGGAGUUGGCGAAGUGGGAUUAGCGAUACUGGCGAAUCGCGAAGGACAAUGAGUCUCUGAGGCCCAAACGGAUAUUCUGAGAAGAGGGAAACAUAUCAAAGUGAUCAUGAGCUUUGGCACUUCACCAGCGGAUGUCGAUACCGUCGUCGCGUUCUGCAGAGCGCUGUAUCGCAAGUGUAGAGAUGCGGGAGGGGAUUACGACGAGAUCAGUCAUGAAGUUCGAGGGUUACACACUGUGCUCAAACAUCUCAAGUACGAGGUCGAAGCUCCCGACUCGCCAGUAAAUGACGAACGCUCAAUAUGGGCCCGUCAACUGGCUCCGAUAGUUGGUGACUGCGAUUCCACUCUACACGAGCUCGACGACCUCGUGCAAGAGUACACUCGACUUAGCACAAGUCCAAGCGCUUCACGUGGAGAUAUCGAUCGUCGUGGGAGCAAUUUGGACACACUAGGGUUGAUCAGGGUCAAGCUACUAAGUCAUAAAUCGAAUCUGACAAAAUUUCUGGACAAUAUCCAACUGCCGCAAACGGGAGAAGAGCCUGCAGACUUGGAUAAUCAUGAUGGACAUUUGGAUGCUAUUCUUGAUAAGGUCGAUGUUAUUGCCGCACGAAUCCAGUCUCAGAAUGGGCGUACAUCGACGAAGAAUGAUGAUGGCAGAGAAGUGUGGGAACAAUUUCGCAGAGAGUUGAUCGCGGAAGGCUUUUCGAGUGAGGUUUUAGAACAUCAUAAAGACGUGCUGAGAGCAUACAUCCGAGAAAUUGAUCAACAGGGUUUACUUGAUGAGGUACCAUCAACUUCACAACCAGUUGCAGCUCCUAGCAUUGGUGCUGAGAGAUGGUUGGACUCAAUAAAAGCAGUGCGACUAAACGACAAGCCGCCAACAUUUAGUUCACUUGAUUUGACCAUUGAAGAUGCCAGUGCUAAAGCGAUGGUAAUGCGGGAGGAAAACAUGAAAUUUCCGCAAUCCAUGAAGUUUGAUUUGCAGCAGCCAGAAAGUCGACGAAAUGGCGAAUUGGAAUUGAAGCAAUUUGCUUCCUCCUCGGGACACGAAAGAACAAGAGGCAGUAGCCAUCGUUUGCCAACCCAAGUUCCUAGAUUGAUCACAUCGAACGAGAACGACGAAAAGGAUGUUCAAUUUUUCAACACUGAUGGCUCAUCAGACGAAGAUUCAAGCAAUGACUCUCGAAGACGCCGAAAAAACUUCCAACUCAGCGAAGUUAUCAAGACAACAGAGUUGAUAGCUUACAGCCAAGCAUUGCAGCUCCAUCCACACUCGCCAUCAAGCUUCAGAAGCACGCAGGACUAUUUCGACGAAGAUAUUAAUGCUAGAUCAUUGCCAUACCAGCCAAAGAAGCAGAUCGAAUACGGAACUUCUCCUGUUCAGCCAGGCGCAAUUCCAAUUCCUCAGCCAAAUCCAAGAACGUCAAAUUCCAGUUUCGGCACCUCUCCACGCCCCUUUCGCUUGGCACCAGAUGAGCAUGGCAACGAAAUUCCUGCUAAUGCCAAAUGGACUAAGAUAAAUCGUCGUCUCGUUUCUCCUGAAGUCCUUGACCAGGACCAUCGACGAUAUGAGGCACGUCCUGAAUUCGUAGCCGUCCUCGGCGUCCUCAGCCGUGCUGAGAUCGAAUCUCUCGCUGAGCGAUCCCGCAUCCUUCGCGACGCCCGCCAUCGUCGGAGUUUGCCCACGCAAGCACCUCCUCCACCACAUCCUCCACGACCAAUGCCAGUCCCUGGUACCAUACCAGCACAGCAUUCAUCUUCUCGGCAUAGAAGUGGUCGUGACACGCCUUCAUCUUCUUCGGAUUCAGAGUCCUCGGACUCUGAUCAUCUUCGAAGGAGGAAGGAUAAAAGCCGCCGUGGAUAUGCAGGUUCGAAUAUAGGCGCACCAGUCUCGGGAUAUCCGAAUCCGUAUGGACAGCCUUUGCCGAGUCCGGUGAGAAGUCCAGGCGGUAGGGAUUCGUGGAAAGAUUCUAGAGGAGAUUAUUCUGGUUCCAAAGAUCAUGAUAGAGACAGAGAUAGGGACAGAGAUACUUCGAGAGACAAGCAUAGAGACGGGUCACGACAUCGGAGACAUAGAGAUCAUGCGAAAAGUAGCGAUCGGCGAGAUCGAGAUAGAGCAGACAGGGAGAAAUAUCAGAAGAGUAGUAGGUGGAAAGAGAAUCUUACUGCUGCAGGGAUUGGUGGUGCUGCGGUCAGUUUGCUGAAUGUUCUUACUGAAGCUGCUGGGGAGCUAUGAGUUUGAAAUAUACCAUAGAAAAGAUAUGAUGGAUCAACAGUACAAUCGUUUGGGGGAAAAGAGAAGCAUAGCGUGGUGUUUUCCUUGUCUCCGAUUAUCAAAGGAAGAAAAUAAGUUUGUAAGAUGGGAAGCGUUUCUUGGAAACGUUAUAUGUUACGAUAUGGUAUGAUAUAUAGAAGCAGCUUUAGUUCUCUUGAUGAUUCAUC